UGUGCUGAUCCCCAGGUUCCCUUCCCGACCCCCAUCCCCUUAAUUGGGAGGCUCCGCCCCGUGCGCAGUGACGUCGGACGCCGCUGUCAGCCGGCGCUGGGGGGGGUCGGUGAGGGGUAGAAUGGCCGCUGCCGCCGUCACCCGCGGGACCCCGGGAGCACAGACUCCCCCUCCCCCCGGCCCCUCAGGCCGGGGGUGACCUUGCCCCCUGGAGCCCUCACCAUGAAUACCAAGGACACCACCGAGGUUGCCGGGACGCCGGGCUGGCUUACGAAGCCCUCCCUUCCAACUCCCUCAGAGAACAGCCGCCACCUGAAGAUCUUUCUCCCCAAGAAGCUGCUGGAGUGUCUUCCUCGCUGCCCGCUGCUGCCUCCAGAGCGGCUACGGUGGAAUACAAACGAGGAGAUUGCAUCCUACCUGAUCACCUUUGAGAAGCACGAUGAGUGGCUGUCCUGUGCCCCAAAGACAAGGCCUCAGAACGGCUCCAUCAUCCUGUACAACCGCAAGAAGGUGAAGUACCGGAAGGAUGGUUACCUGUGGAAGAAGCGGAAGGAUGGCAAGACCACACGCGAGGACCACAUGAAGCUCAAGGUCCAGGGCAUGGAGCCUGUCUCCUGGCAGUGUCUCUAUGGCUGCUACGUUCACUCUUCCAUCGUCCCCACAUUCCAUCGGCGCUGCUACUGGCUGCUCCAGAACCCCGACAUCGUCCUUGUGCACUACCUGAACGUCCCAGCCCUGGAGGAUUGUGGAAAGGGCUGCAGCCCCAUCUUUUGUUCCAUCAGCAGCGACCGGCGAGAGUGGCUGAAGUGGUCCCGGGAGGAGCUGUUGGGACAGCUGAAGCCCAUGUUCCAUGGCAUCAAGUGGAGCUGUGGGAAUGGAACAGAUGAGUUCUCUGUGGAACAGCUGGUGCAGCAGAUCUUGGAUACCCACCCAGCCAAGCCUGCACCCCGAACCCAUGCCUGUCUCUGCAGUGGGGGCCUUGGUUCUGGGAGCCUUACCCACAAAUGCAGCAGCACGAAACACCGCAUCAUCUCUCCCAAAGUGGAGCCCCGAGCUUUAACCCUGACCUCUAUCCCCCACCCUCACCCUCCUGAGCCUCCUCCCCUGAUAGCUCCACUUCCCCCAGAGCUCCCCAAGGCACACACCUCCCCAUCCUCCUCCUCCUCCUCUUCCACUUCCUCCUCUUCUUCAGGCUUUGCUGAACCCCUAGAAGUCAGACCCAGCCCUCCCACCUCUCGAGGGGGUUCAUCGAGAGGAGGCACUGCCAUCCUCCUCCUGACGGGACUGGAGCAGCGUGCUGGGGGCUUGACGCCCACCAGGCACUUGGCUCCCCAGGCUGAUCCUAGGCCUCCCAUGAGCUUGGCUGUGGUCGUGGGCUCUGAGCCUUCUGCCCCACCGGCUCCUCCCAGCCCUGCCUUUGACCCUGAUCGUUUUCUAAACAGCCCCCAGAGGGGCCAGACAUAUGGAGGGGGGCAAGGAGUGAGCCCAGACUUCCCAGAGGCAGAGGCCGCCCAUACCCCUUGUCCUGCCCUAGAGCCUGCUGCUGCCCUGGAGCCCCAGGCAGCUGCUCGGGGUCCCCCUCCACAGUCAGGAGCAGGUGGAAGAAGAGGAAACUGCUUCUUCAUCCAAGAUGAUGACAGUGGAGAAGAGCUCAAGGGCCAGGGGCCUGCCCCACCUAUACCUUCACCUCCUCCUUCGUCCCCCCCCUCACCUGCCCCUUUGGAGCCAGCAGGCAGGGGAGCAAGAGGGGAGGCCUUGUUUGGAGGACCUGGCACAGCCAGCGAACUGGAGCCCUUCGGUCUUUCGUCAUUCCCAGACCUUAUGGGAGAACUCAUCAGCGAUGAAGCUCCAAGCGUCCCUGCCCCAAACCCCCAGCUCUCGCCUGCACUCAGCACCAUCACGGACUUCUCCCCAGAGUGGUCCUACCCAGAGGGUGGGGUCAAGGUGCUCAUCACAGGUCCUUGGACAGAGGCCGCCGAGCAUUACUCCUGUGUCUUCGACCACAUCGCCGUGCCGGCUUCCCUUGUCCAGCCUGGUGUCUUACGCUGCUACUGUCCUGCCCAUGAGGUAGGGCUGGUGUCUUUGCAGGUGGCAGGGCGUGAAGGACCCCUUUCUGCUUCUGUGCUCUUUGAAUAUCGCGCCCGCCGGUUCCUAUCUCUGCCCAGUACUCAGCUUGACUGGUUGUCCCUGGAUGACAACCAGUUCCGGAUGUCCAUCCUGGAGCGGCUGGAGCAGAUGGAGAAGCGGAUGGCAGAGAUCGCAGCAGCCGGGCAGGUGCCUUGCCAGGGUCCUGAGGCCCCUCCCAUCCAGGAUGAAGGCCAAGGGCCCGGGUUCGAGGCACGAGUGGUGGUCUUGGUGGAGAGCAUGAUCCCACGCUCCACUUGGAGGGGCCCUGAACGCCUGGCCCACGGGAGCCCCUUCCGGGGCAUGAGCCUUCUGCACUUGGCUGCUGCCCAGGGCUACGCCCGCCUCAUCGAGACCCUGAGCCAGUGGCGGAGUGUGGAGACUGGAAGCUUGGACUUAGAGCAAGAGGUUGACCCGCUCAACGUGGAUCAUUUCUCCUGCACCCCUCUGAUGUGGGCCUGCGCCCUGGGACACCUGGAAGCUGCUGUGCUCCUUUUCCGGUGGAACCGACAAGCACUGAGCAUUCCCGAUUCUCUGGGCCGUCUGCCACUGGCCGUGGCUCAUUCCCGUGGUCACGUGCGUCUGGCCCGCUGCCUUGAGGAACUGCAGAGACAGGAGGCCUCAGCUGAGCCCCCGCUCGCCCUCUCACCACCUUCCUCCAGCCCGGACACUGGUCUGAGCAGCGUGUCCUCACCCUCGGAGCUGUCGGAUGGCACGUUCUCCGUCACGUCAGCCUAUUCUAGUGCCCCCGAUGGCAGUCCUCUGCCAGCCUCUGAGACUGCAAUGGUGGAGAUGGUCCCAGGCCAGCUCUCCUCUGGAGGUCCAGAGGCCCCCCUGCUCCUCAUGGACUACGAGGCCACCAACCCCAAAGGGCCUCCAGCCUCCCCUCCCGCCCUGCAGCCAGCUGUAGACGACGGGGCUGCUCCAGAGGACGCCGACAGCACUCGGGCUGUGGAUGUGAUCCCGGUGGACAUGAUCUCAUUGGCCAAGCAGAUCAUUGAAGCCACACCAGAGCGGAUUAAACGUGAGGACUUCGUGGGGCUGCCUGACGUGGGAGCCUCCAUGCGGGAGCGGACAGGGGCUGUGGGGCUCAGCGAGACCAUGUCCUGGCUGGCCAGCUACCUGGAGAACGUGGACCACUUCCCCAGCUCAGCCCCUCCCAGUGACCUGCCCUUCGAGCGAGGGCGCCUGGCUGUCCCCCCAGCACCCUCCUGGGCAGAAUUUCUCUCGGCAUCUACCAGUGGCAAGAUGGAAAGUGACUUUGCUCUGCUGACGCUGUCGGAUCACGAGCAGCGGGAACUGUACGAGGCAGCCAGAGUCAUCCAGACGGCCUUCCGGAAGUACAAGGGCCGGCGGCUGAAGGAGCAGCAGGAGGUGGCAGCGGCUGUGAUCCAGCGCUGUUACCGCAAGUACAAGCAGCUGACCUGGAUUGCACUUAAGUUCGCGCUCUAUAAGAAGAUGACCCAGGCCGCCAUCCUGAUCCAGAGCAAGUUCCGCAGCUACUACGAGCAGAAGCGCUUUCAGCAGAGCCGCCGGGCGGCUGUGCUCAUCCAGCAGCACUACCGCUCCUACCGCCACCGGCCCGCGGGCGCCCUGCCUGCCCGCAGCAAAGGCUCCUUCCUCACCAAGAAGCAGGACCAGGCAGCCCGGAAGAUCAUGAGGUUCCUGCGGCGCUGCCGACACAGGAUGCGGGAACUGAAGCAGAACCAGGAGCUGGAAGGGCUUCCGCAGCCGGGACUGGCCACCUGACCACCCCGCGGGGACGAGGCUUCCCAGAGCGGGGCAGCCCCCCACCCCCCGUCGGCAGCUCUCCCCGCCACCGACCCCGGAGCC